CAGAAGUCGUUUGGUAAGUCUGUAAGGCCAAGCCAGUUAGAGGACACGUUCAUCUUUGCAUUUAUAAAUUAAAAAUUUCACCACUGCUCCACAUAGUAUUUAACCUGUCUACCAGUACAAAAACACUCUAAUGUGACAGGAUGUCUGCAGAACCUGAAGUUAUUAAAUUGGGGUUUGAUUCUGGGUACAUCUUGUCCUGGAGAGGAAUUUUAAAGAUCACAGAAUGUGUUCUAGACAUUGCUGGUUUUGUAACUGCCGUUGUCUGGCUCCAAUGGACCCAAGCAGGCGGGGGGUAUGUACAGGUUGUGACAAUGACAGCAUUUGUUACCACCCUGACACUCUUCAUACUGCAUCUGUUCAAGAUCAUCCGCAAGCUGCCUCCUCGUUUGCCCUGGACACUCAUCCAACUAAUUUACUAUGGACUCUACAGUCUCAUGAUGCUGAUAGCAGGCAUUGUCAGUGCUGGUCGUGCCUACCAUACCUCUAUUAUAUUGUGCGCAAUUUUUACAUUUCUUGCUUGGCCGGUGUAUGUAGUGGACACGGUCCUCUUGUUUAAAGAGUGGAGGAAAGCCAUCAAGACAGCCGCAAAACUUGAAAAAGACAACCUCCCCGCCGCUGAGAACUGGGAUGAAGAUGAAGGAGAUGUAGAACAACCCACUGACCAAGAUGGUUUGGAUUGGUUGGUGAAAAAAGAGGGUGAAAAAAAGCGAGAAGCACCCACCAACCCCACUGCUCUUUUUACGUACGAACAAACAGAGGUACCUGCUGAACAACAAAAACCUAGUUCAUGAAAAGUACACAUUACUAAUGUGCUGCUGAUCUUAACCAGUCCAGAUUUUAUAAUAAUAAUUUCUACCUGUUAUAAAAUAUAAAAAAAUGUCAGUUUUAAUCAGGUUUUAUGUGGGGUUUAUUGAUUUGAAAAGAAUGUAUUUAAGUGUUGUUAAAAGGCUAGUGAAACAUUAAUAAAACAAAUGAACAUAUCAGUCUACUAGACUCUAGGAAUAUGUAUGAUUUUUAUUCUUCUCAGGUUCUGAUCAAUGAAUUAAACUAAAUUGCUUUUCAGUCUUCAUAUGCAGUGUAUUCAUUUAACAAAUCUGCUAUACAUAGAACCAAUUAAAGUAUCACUCAUUUGUAUGAGAUUUUAUUUGAAGUGCAAAAGACUGGAUACGAUUUAGCUGCAGAAAGAGAUUCUUAUGAAGAAUCUGCAUAUAAUGUCUUGUCAUUAUUUUAGGCUUACUUGUGUUUAAUAGCUUAAAAACCCUUUAAAAAAAUCUGAAACCAUUUGCUUUCAUUUGAGGAUGGCAAUAAAGAGUUUAACUCUUUAAUUUGACCUGCUUAAUGGGUCUCGUCCCAUAUUCGGCCAGCCUGGCUCCAGACCAGCCUGUCCAUUUAAACAGUUUUGCAUGGAGCCACCUUUUAGUUAAUGAGACCACUAAACAUCGCUAGACGUUACAGUGGACCGUGAAGGUCCAGACCAGGCUUUGUGACAGACAGAUCAGGAGCUCUGCUGGCCUUAUAUGGCAAAAGACCCAUUUUCACAUGAUGUGGCUCUUAUACAUUUUACCAAUGUUCAUAUAUAAAGCUCCUAAGGGAUAACUACUGAGAAUGGUUAGUAAACGUGGAAUUUACAGCGUGAUUUUCAUACAAAGGUAAAUACUUGAAUGUCUGUAACUGACAGAUGGAUUUUAGUAAUUUUGUACAAUAAAUUAAUUAAGGACUUUACAAUGAUGAUAAAUAGUAAACACUGUUAAUAAGUCUGGUAUCGUUAAUAAAUCAUUAGUAACAUAAAAAAAAAUCUGUAAAAAAUAUUUGUUUUGAGUUUUUGUUUAAUAUUUAGCAAAGAUGAUGUCUUAAAAAAGACUAUUUUCUUGUGCUCUUGACUAGAUUAUAACCAGAUUAUUUGUUAAUAUUAUUUUAGCCAGUCAAUAUAUGAGUUUAUUUUUAUGCCCCUGGUAGGAGGGCAUAUAGUGAUCGGACUGUCCGUCCCUCUGUCCGUCUUUCCGUCACAUUUUGCGUUUAGGAUUCAAAAAAUGCUCAUAACUUCUAUGUCCUUUGAGAUGUAACCUUCAUAUUUGGUAUGCAUGUGUAUAUGGACAAGGCAUUUCCAUACGCACAAAAAUGUUGACCCCUGUAACUUGACGUUGAACUUAGAGUCUGCAUUUAGGUUUCGAGAUCUGUGUUUAGGUUUAGAAAAAUGCUCAUAACUUCUAUGUCCCUUGAGAUAUAACCUUCAUAUUUGGUAUGCAUGUGUAUAUGGACAAGGCCUUUCCAUACACACACAAAUUUUGACCCCUGUGACCUUGAUGUUGAACUUAGGGUCCGCGUUUAGGUUACGAAAUCUGCGUUUAGGUUUCGAAAAAUGCUCAUUACUUCUAUGUCCCUUCAGAUAUAACCUUCAUCUUUGGUAAGCAUGUGUAUAUGGACAAGGCCUUUCCAUACGCACACAAAUUUUGACACCUUGACCUUGAACGUAGGGUCUGUGUUUAGGUUUUUAAAUCUGCGUUUAGGUUUCGAAAAAUGCUCAUAACUUUUAUCAAACGUUUAUAGGGGGCAUAUGGCAUCCUAUGGUGACAGCUCUUGUUCACAUAGUUGACUUUUUUUAUAACCUGAAUUGUUUAGGCGUUUACUAUUUAGUAAGUAAUUACAAGUUUGCCAGUUUAAUUUGCUUGCUUGAUUAUCUCAUGUAUCACUAAAUUUGUUGACAAAAUUAUGUGUUUAUUUCAACAGCUUUCUAAAAAAUAAUACUAAAGCAAUAAUUUUAAUAAAAUCAGGUUGGUAAGAAAACAGACACCAUAGUGGUAUUUGAUUUGUUUCAUUUUUAACCAGGUUUUUCAAAGGAAAAAACUGGUUAUUAGAUUGGCGAUGUCGGCGGGCUGGCGGGUGGGCGGAACAAGCUUCUCCGGGCCAUAACUUUGUCGUUCAUUGUCAUUUGGCACAUUUGUUCACCAUCAUUAUACGGUGUGUUGCGUAAAAGAAUAACGUCAAUAUCUCCAAGGUCAAGGUCACAAUUUGAGUUUGAAGGUAAAAAAUGGCAGUCAAUGAGCUUGUCCUGGCCAUAACUUUGUUGUUCAUUGUCAGAUUUUAAAAUCAUUUGGUACAAUUGUUCACUUUUAUUAGACGGUGUGUAGCGCGAAUGAAUAUCGUCGAUAUCUCCAAGGUCAAGGUCACAAUUUGAGUUUGAAGGUAAAGAAUGGCCAUAAAUGAGCUUGUCAGGGCCAUUACUUUGUGAUUCAUUGUGAGAUUUUAAAAUCAUUUAGCACAUUUGUUCACCAUCAUUAGAAGGUGCGCCACUCGAAAGAAUCGUGUCAAUAUCUCCAAGGUCAAGGUGACAAUUUGCAUUUGAAGGUCAAAAAUGGCCAUUAAUGAGCUUGUCUGAGCCAUAACUAUGUCAUUCAUUGUGACAUUUUAAAAUCAUUUGGCACAUUUGUUCACCAUUAUUGGGCGGUGUGUCGCGCGAAAAAAUUACAUCAAUAUCUCCAAGGUCAAGGAUGCCACAACUAAAAAUAGAUUGAUUUUGAAACAACUAUGUAACUAUGAACAAUCAGUAACAAUGCACAUUUUGAUUUUGAGUUGUCUCUCUUUAUCAGACUUUUUUUUUCUAAUUGAAAUCAAGGUCAAUUUUACACAUUGGGGUUAACAAUACACAUUUUGAAUUGUCUCCCUUUAUCAGACUUUUUUCAACUGAAAACCUGGUUUUGUGACAAUUUUGUCCCUUGUUGUUAUUAUCCUGAAUGUCUCUAGGCAUUGCUCUGUAAAUUGCGUUAGUUCAUGUCACUAAUUGAAAGUGUUUAACCCAUUUAUGCCUAGUGGGCUCUCCCAUCCUUCUAAAUUGGAUCAAUUUAUUUCCAAAAUUAGGAUGUCUAGUAUAUUUAUUUCUAUAUUUAGAAUAUUUCUUACAGAAAUUACUUUAAGCAAUCAGCGCAGACCCUCAUGAGACGCCACAUCAUGCGGCAUCUCAUCUGGGUCUACGCUGUUUGCCAAGGCCUUUUUUCUAGACACUAGGCAUAAAUGGGUUAAGUGAUAUAGUGAUAUAGCUCAACCAUGAAGUUUGUUUUUCUUCAACUAUUUGUUUAUUUAAAUGUUACAGAUUGAUGAAAAUGUAUGUUUUGCUUCAUUUUAGGAAGUGUGUAUCUUAUACAAAUAUGAACAUACAUAUUUAUGUGAACACUAUGCAUUUAUAUAUUUAGUUCAAUCUAACCAUAUGCCCCCACCAUGUUGUAGUUCUCUCAGUGUAAAGCAUUAAAAGAAUCAACUUUUUUAUGUGGAAAAGAAAACAUAAUUCAGAACUUAUUUAUAAAAGAAUAGGAAUGGGUUUAAAUAUUAAAGUCAAGAAGUUUUUUUUGUUUAUUACAGUUAAUUAUUGUUUCAAUUGUGUUACUCCAUUGUCAAUGACACACAUAUUGAACAUGUGCCCUAUUUUUAUAAUGUUCUGAUUCAAUUUUGUCUGGUUCUCAUAUUUCUCUUGCCUUUGUGUACUGUAAUGACUAAAAUGCAAAGUGUUAAACAUGCUACCAUUCUUUUGAAUUUUAACAUCUUAUCAUCCACAUCACAGGUUAUAAUAACAGUUACUUAAAUUUCUUACCAUCCUUAAUUAUGCCCCCAUUCGAAGAAGAGGGCGUAUAUUGUUUUGCGCAUGUCGGUCGGUCCGUCCACCAGAUGGUUUCCGGAUGAUAACUCAAGAACGCUUUGGCCUAGGAUCAUGAAACUUCAUAGGUACAUUGAUCAUGACUGGCAAAUGACCUCUAUCGAUUUUCAGGUCACUAGGUCAAAGGUCAAUGUCACAGUUACUCAAAACAGUAAAAUUGUUUCCGGAUGAUAACUCAAGAAUGCUUAGACCUAGGAUCAUGAAACUUCAUAGGUACAUUGAUGAUGAGUGGCAGAUGACCCCUAUUGAUUUUCAGGUCACUAGGUCAAAGGUCAAGGUCACAGUGACUCAAAAUAGUAAAACGGUUUCCGGAAGAUAACUCAAGAAUGCUUAGACCUUGGAUCAUGAAACUUCAGAGGUACAUUGAUCAUGACUGGCAGAUGACCCCUAUUGAUUUUAAGGUCACUAGGUCAAAGGUCAAGGUCACAGUGACAAAAAACGUAUUCACACAAUGGCUGCCACUACAACUGACAGCUCAUAUGGGGGGCAUGCAUGUUUUACAAACAGCCCUUGUUAAGAUUCAAUUUGUAUGCACCAUUAGUGUCCUAUACUAUGUUUGUACUAGUCACAAAAUAUGCCAUUUGAACUCUGGAUAAUGUUUGUGUUUUCAAAUUUUCAUCAUACUUGAUUUGUUUAUCGUUGUUAAGUGUACACUUUUAAGUGUUGCUACAAACCAAUUUCGGUUGGUUAUAUCGGAUUGAGCUUGUCUGUAUAUUGGGUCAAAUGUUUGCUUUUUCGAUAACUCAUGAACAGCUUCACAUAUUCAAAAAAAAUUUAGUACAAAUGAUAUUGAAUAUACAUGUACUAUUAGAUGACUAUUUACAAUCUUGUACUGGUUGAUAUGACGUGAUUGAUAAGGUGUCGGCCUACCAACCGGGAGGUCAGGGGUUCCAUCUCUUCUUAGGAAGAAUUCUUGAAAUCUCUCAUACAACACCUAGUACUGGUUCCACCCAGGAAACGGGUUUAAAAUAAUUUAUGUAAAACUUUGACUUUUGAUGCAAUCCAGUUUUAACAAAUAAAAUGAAGGUGUCUUUGUAAUUCUCUGGUUAAGGUUACAUAUAUACAACAUCAUUUUAUAUGAGUGUUUCUUCUACAGGUAUUCUCCAAAUCACUGUUGCUUUUAAAAGAAUAAAUAGAAACUUCUGGAUGUAAUUGUCUGGGAUCACUGACUUAGUGCCGUAACUCUGACCUGCAAGUUAGCAGAAUAAUGCCCCUUUUUAUACAUAGAAAUUCAGGUCAAUGAUUACAUGUAACAACUUCUAUCUCUAGCUCAGAGAAACACCUAGAAUGAGUUUGCAGUUGGAUUAAGUUUGAGGUGGUCACUGGUGAUAAAAAUAUUACAAAGAUUUUCUGUUCAAUAAAUUGGAGUUAUUUUUCAGUGUGUAGGUAGCUUACAUUCAGACAUACAUGUAACUUAUAAAGAAUAUUAACAUUUUCCACUCAUUGCCUUGAGAGUUUUGAUGGAGGUUGAGGGCUGUAGUUUAGUUUGUAGGUCACAUCUAACUUACCGGCCAAGAUUGGGAUUGCAUUCGCAGACAAACUUGGCCAAUGGCUUUUUUACUAAAAAAAAGUGGCCUCUGACCAAUAUAACUAGAGUCUGGAGAAAAGUAGAGUGCUGCAAUUUGAAUAUAGUUUAUAUGCAAACCAUGCUUGCAGAGUAAAUUCAAUUAACCUUAAUUUACUGGUAAAAAUUAAAAAAUCAAAUGUCUUGGCAUGGUCACCUCUUGUUCAUAUUUACAAAUGAUGGUCUUUUAGUUUUUAUAUGCUUUAUAACUUUAACAGAUUAUAAAGGUAAAAUAUAUGUGUGGUCAUUAAAUAAGGUGACUGACAGACAGCAUACAUUAUGAUAUCGGAACGAUCUGUUUUCUGAUAGACUUGUUGAUUCUUUGGUUAGAAAUCACUAGAUGCUGAAAAACUGAUGCUCUCUUUUGAAUAAAUCGUUUCUAAAUUUUAAAAAAAUCAGCGGAUAAAAUAUAACUUAUUAAAGCUAAGCAUACCAGAAUAGUUUUUACAGGUUGACGAAGAUUACGAAUCUCUCAAUAUUAACAGAUUUUUUAAUGUGACAAGUGAAAGGUGUAUGUAUGUAUGGCUAAAUGAUAGAAGUUUUUGUUACGUGUUUUUCAUUGUUGUUUUCAUUGUUCAUUAAUAUUUUUGUUAGUUUACCUGCACUAUGCCAGUAUUUGAAUGUUUAUUUAUUUACAUAACUUCAAGCAUUUCUUCGCCAUAAAUAUAUUUUGCCUCUGUAAUUUUUAGCGAGGCUGUUUUCGGAGAAAACCCGAGCUAUUGUUAUAGCCAGCUCGUCCGCCGUAGGCGUCGUGCUAAAACCUUAACAUUGGCUCUAAAAUCAAAGUGCUUCCACCCACAACUUUGAAACUUUAUAUGUAGAUGCACCUUGAUGAGUUCUACACGCCACACCCUUUUUUUGGUUACUAGGUCAUAGGUCAAGGUCACUGUGACCUCUAAUAUCAAACUUUAGCAUAGGCUCAAAAAUCAAAGUGCUUCCACCUACAACUUUGAAACUUCAUAUGUAGUUGCACCUUGAUGAGUUCUACAUGCCACACCCAUUUUUGGGUCACUAGGUCAAAGGUCAAGGUCACUGUGACCUCUAAUAUAAAACUUUAACAAAAACCUUAACAUUGCCUCUAAAAUCAAAGUGCUUCCACCAACAACUUUGAAACUUCAUAUGAAGAUGCACCUUGAUGAGUUCUACACGCCACACCCAUUUUGGGUCACUAGGUCAAAGGUCAAGGUCACUGUGACAUAUAAUAAAAAUUUCUGACAAGCUUUCGCAGCCUAGCAUGGCACCCGUUAUGCGGUGCUCUUGUUUUACAUAUUAUUUUCUUGGAUUUAUUGUUUGUGUUCAUAAUAAUAUUAUAUUAACUGUUUAAUAAAUGUUAAGUUGACAAA